GUCUUAGCCCUGCCAGAAUCCUGCCAGAACGUUUGAACCCAAGGGGUUAGUUUAGUUUGAACCUGCUCGAGGCCUGCUCCCUCGUGUCCAACUUUCGACGCUCCCUACGCCAUGACGGCUAUCACAAGAAAUUUACCCUGGUUCGUAAAAGACUUGGGUGUAUCAAUCGUGGGACAGAAAUGCUACACCACUCUCGUGGAGAAUCUCGACGUUGACGAUCUCGAAUGUCUGAAAUACGCCCUCUCAAAGGGUCUCGGACUAGGCAUUGUGGUCGGCGGGUCGAUCAUGAAAGUGCCCCAACUACUUCUCAUCGUGUCUGCGAAGUCGGCCAAAGGACUAUCACUUCCAGCAUACGUACUCGAAACACUGUCUUACGCCAUCACACUUGCGUAUUCUUAUCGGAACGGCUUCCCGUUCUCGACCUACGGCGAGAACCUCUUCCUCACUCUUCAAAAUAUCAUAAUCACCCUCCUCAUUAUAUACUAUCCUACAUCCCGACUUACUCGCAACGCCUCCGUCGGCCCGCGUCUUGCUCUCGCAACUGUCGCUACGGCUGUCACCGGCGCUGCGCUCUACUAUAUUCCCCCAUCUACUCUCGCUGCGCUCCAAGUCGCCACAAUUCCUCUUUCUCUAUUCUCCAAGAUCCCUCAAAUUCGACAAAACUAUCGUGCGCAAUCCACGGGACAACUCUCAGCAUUCGCCGUGAUAUCGCAAAUCGCAGGAUGCCUCGCGCGUUUAUUUACGACCGCAGCUGAGGUCGGUGACUCUAUCAUCACCGCAGGAUUUGCUCUCGCACUUCUUCUCAAUAUCGUCCUUGGGAUUCAAAUGUAUAUCUACUGGGGCAAGGAUGAGCACGAAGAGUUGGGCAAACCUUCUGGUGUUUCUCGUGAGCAGGAGAAAGUGGCUGUACCAGUACCCGCUGCUUGGCAGCAAAAUGGUCAGGUCGAAGUUGUCGUGCCGCCACAGUCACCAAGGGCUGGGUCACCUCAAAUCAGACAUCCGUCUGGAAGGAAGUGGGCGAGAAAGGUAGACUAACGCUGUCUUUCCUAGCAGCGCGACCCGCCUUGUAUUUAUUCAUACCGAUAUUCUAUUGGCCUUUAUAUUUUGGAUUAUGCCAUUCAUCGGUUUCGAUGAAGAUAUUCUCUAUUCAGGUCAUGCGAAGUCAGAUUG